AGAUACAUUUCGUACGUCGUCCCGUAGAGACCAACGCAGAAUCUGGCACUGGUAAAUAUGGAUGUAUGUAUCGUUGCCAUGGUAAUAUUGGUUGUUCUAAUUAUACUGAAAUUAAUUGAGAUCAGUUUCAGAAGGUCAUACAUCGAUGACAUCACAAAGGACAAGUAUGUCUUGAUAACCGGCUGUGAUACAGGUUUUGGAAAUGAGCUCGCCAAGCAAUUGGACCUCAAAGGUGUGAAUGUGAUAGCUACCUGUUUAACAGAGAAAGGUCGUCGAGAUAUUGAGCAGACUUCUUCCGGUCGGGUCAUGACAUUACUGCUGGAUGUUACAAAACAUGAGAGCAUCAUCAAUGCAUAUGGACGAGUGAAGAGCAUUAUUCCGAAUCAAUCAGCAUUAUGGGGUGUGGUGAACAACGCUGGAAUAUCGGUCACUCCCGGUCAAGUUGAGUGGAGCAAACGAGAUGAUUACGAGAAAACUAUGGCGGUUAAUUUCUUUGGCGCUGUCGACGUCACUCUGACUUUUCUACCACUUUUGAAGAAGAGCGGCGGUCGAUUGGUGAACGUCACCAGCAGUGCAGGACGCCUAGCGGCAGUGACAGGGGGCUAUUCUGAGUCCAAGUUUGCGUUGGAAGCUUUUUCAGAUAUCAUUCGGAGAGGACGUAAGCUAUUUGGAUACCAGUAUCGCAUCAGCAUCAUCGAGCCUGGUUUCUUUGCCACCAAACUCACAUCAAGGGAUUGUAUAACUCAAUCGGUAGAGGGCGCCUGGAAUAGACUGUCAAAAGAAGAGAAAGAAGACUUCCCCGAAAGGAUCAUGCAUGAAUGUGUCGAAGGGAAAGUCAAUGCCAUGAAUUAUCUCGCAUCGAGUGAUACCAGUCAGGUCACCAAUGCCAUGGAGCACGCCCUCUUUGCCAAGUGGCCAAAAUCCAGAUACAGUGUCGGCUGGGAUGCAAAACUUCUGUGGAUUCCGUUGUCUUACAUGCCAUCGUGUAUUGCGGAUACUCUUUUAAAGUGGUAGAUAAUUUACACGCCGACCAAAAGCAAUUGUGCAAGCAUCGUACAAUUUUUUUUUAUGUGCAUCCUAUGUUUGAGCGACAGAAAUGUAAUAGCUAAACUACAUUGGUUUAUAAACGUUAGAAGCAAAAAAAAAUAGAUAUUUUGUUUUGGGCACUGAUUCGAUGAUAUCGGUUGGAGGGGCAACUGUGUGUUGAAUUAGGAAGUUUCAAUAUAAUAUCAAUGGCUUGUUAAGAUGUUAAAUGUGUACUGUAUGUGCAUUUAUAUAUAUAUAGCCAUAGAUUUAAGCCAUAUGUUGAAAUUAAACUUAAAAUUUAAAAGGAAAAUGUUCACAUAAACAGUAUUUUGCCUCUUAUUUGAUGGUUGACCAUUUCCCAUAUGGACAUGAUGGAUGUAGAAUUAGGGGAUGACAAAUUUUCGGAGAUUCAGUGAAAUUCAGUUAAUACGCACUGUCGAGUUAUGUUUUAAUUUUCGUUAUAUUUUCUCAAAAUCCUCGUGAGACCUGUUGCCUGAAGGAUAUGCAAUAUGAAAUCUGAUAUUCAUUUGUAAAGUUUACAAUAAAUCUUUUGGGACAAAGGUGUUAUUUCUCCCAUUUUGGUCUAAAGUAACCACAGAAUGUGACGAAAUUUUCUGGAUACGAUCUUUGAAUUGCUCACUGAUGUACAGUCAGUAAAAUUAGAAGAGCCGGUGUAAGAAGGGUCUUUUUAGAAAAAUAAACAAUUGCUGAGAGAAUUAUGCGAUUAAGAGAAUGAAAUAAAAUCGAAUUCUCGUAUUCAAACAAUCAGUCAAUACUUUUUUAGGCUAGAAAUAAUCUUAAAUAAUUGAUAAUAUAGAACCUUCGAUUCCCAAAAGCUUUUGAAAGAUUUUUGGGAUAUUGCUAUUAUAGGUUUUUAUAGUUAGGUUUCUAAUGAUGGCAACGAACUCUCAACAUAAAUUUUCGAAGAUAAAUCUGGCCCCGUAUUUUGCCAACCUCCCGUGCAGGGUUCAGCAGUAUGCAAGUUCAUACCAAUGAUUCUUGAAUCAAUAGGUAUGAUUCGAUCUCGUAUCAAUAAUAACUCUAUUGGAGACCGUCGGCGUUUAUAUAAACUGACGAAAAGUAAUAAGACCCUCUGACUUAUUUAAAGAAAAGAUGCGUGGGCAGGGUUAGAUCUCCGAUUUCGAGGCUUAUCGAUUCAAAUUCUUCAGAAUUAGGGCUCCCGGACGAGCAAAGAGUUCCCUGACUUACUUCCCUAUGCAUGCUAUGGGUGUAGGAAACUUUGCUGGUGGUAAAAUAAAAAUUCAAACUGAAAAGGAUUCCCAAUCCUAAAACGACGCAAUGGCCUCCAACAAUAUUGACAAGCACAAACAUGGUUAUCACUUUAAAAAAAAUGUCGUCUCUAUAGCUACUCAUAAAAGAGGAAGCCAGUGGCCAAUUUUGACGUCUAAUGCUGGGGACGCGCCCCCCCCCCCCAUGGACCUACUCAGUGGCGUACCUAUGAUUUUCCACAGGGGGGGGGGGCAAAACCGUCCGCCAAAAAAAUUGACAAGCAAAAAAAAAAAAAAAGGUCUUCAAUCACAAAUGAAGGAUUUCGUACCAGAAAAAAAUU